AUGCCAUACACCAUCUUCAUGUUCGUCACCCGCAAGCCGGGCAUGACACUUGAAGCCUUCGUCGACCACUACGAGAAGAAACACAUCCCUCUUGUUCUGGAAGUCCUCGGUGACCAGGCUCCUGUCCGCCAUACCCGCCACUACGUGAAGCGCAACCCUGCUGCUGCAGAAGGAAACGACGUGCCUCCACCUCUUGUCUUCUUCGGUGACGCGGCGACUAUCGACUACGACUGCAUUACCACGGUUGAACUGAGGGACGAAGCGCACUUUCAAGCAUUCAACGAGCAGUUUGCGAACAGUCCGCGCAAAAAGGAGCUUGAGGAUGACCAGGCUGCUUUUGCUGAUGGGACCAGAUUUCGCGUUGUGGCAGUAGAAAGCCCUAGAGUUACUGAGCCUUGA